UGUAUGUCCAGCUGUCAUCAACAUAACCAACAUACCAUUAAAUGAAUGUCAAAUUUGAAAUAAAAACAUUAUUCAAAAUAAAAAACAGAACAGAGUUCAGAGUGCAAAUGCUAUAAAGAAAAGUAAUAAAAAUUUCUGGGUGCAAAAUAUAAGGAAAAAUGGCUUUAAAAGGACUCAAAGUAAUAGAAUUUUCAGGGUUGUUGCCAGUUCCUUAUUGUGGUAUGGUUCUUGCUGAAUUUGGAGCAUCUGUAAUUCGAAUUGAUAAGAUUGGAUAUAAUUCUAAUUUGGACUGUUUAGGAAAUGGAAAACAAUCAAUGAGUCUGAAUUUAAAACAUUCCAAAGCUAUCAAUAUAAUUAAAUCCCUAACAAGAGAAUCUGAUGUAUUAAUUGAACCUUUCAGAAAAGGAAUUAUGGAAAAGCUAGGCUUAGGACCAAAGGUAUUAAUGAAGGAGAAUCCCAGGUUGAUAUAUGCUAGACUCACAGGAUAUGGCCAAAAUGGAAGCUUCAGUUCAAAUGCUGGUCAUGAUAUAAACUAUGUUGCUUUAUCAGGUCUACUGUCUUUAUUUGGUAGAUAUGAAGAGAAUCCCCUCCCUCCUGUAAAUGUACUUGCUGAUAUUGGAGGUGGAGGUCUCACAUGUGCCAUGGGUAUUCUAUUAGCACUCAUAGAGAGAAGCACUUCAGGUAAAGGCCAAAUUGUCGACACAUCCAUGGUUGAAGGUACUGCGUAUUUGGGAACUUGGUUUUAUAGAGGAAAAAAUACUCUUCCUAUAUGGGGCCAGGGAAGAGGUCAAAACGUAUUGGAUAGUGGAACUCACUUUUAUGAAGUAUAUAAGACCAAAGAUGACAGAUACAUGUCUGUUGGAGCACUUGAACCUCAAUUCUAUGAUAAACUAAUUGAAGGUUUGGGAUUGACACUUGAAGAAGUCCCUCAUUAUGGUGAUUUUGAAGAACUGAAGAAAAUUUUUACCAAAAAAUUUGCAAAAAAAACCAGAGAAGAAUGGUGCCAAAUAUUUGACUCCACUGACGCUUGUGUAGCUCCUGUUUUAACUUUAGACGAAGCUCCAACACAUCCUCACAAUAUCGAACAGAAAACUUUUACCAAGACUGAAGAUUUCUACAGCCCAAAUCCCCAUCCUAAACUUAGCAGAACACCAGGGGAAUCUCAUUCUACCAAGCCCUUACCAAGAACUGGAGAACAUACGAAAGAAGUUUUACGUAAUUUAGGGUAUUCACUUGAAUCUAUAGAUGAUCUGGAAGCUGAAGGAGUUAUUCAAUGUUACAAGAAUUCCAAGCUGUAAAGUUAACAAAGUCUGUGUUCAGUUAGGUUCAGUGGUUGAGGUGCUUCAGUAUCUGGUUUCUUCAAAAUCUACCAACUAUUUCUUUCGGCGGUCCCCUGAUUUCGACAUAUUUUGGUUUUCUCUAACAUCCAAUCUUAUUACUUUAUAAUAUAUUAUCAAAAUAGAGAAAAACAAGGAGUUUGAUAAGAGAUAGGAGUAAUAACAAAUACCAAUUGAUAACUAAGUGAUAUGCUUGUGGAACAACUUAUCUAUAAAAAUAAUCAUCGUGGUAAAUAAAUAUAAACUAGUAAAAUAGGCGAUCCAUCAAACUUGAAACAGCAAUGAAAUACAUCGUAGAAAUCAAAUGCCUAGAUCUUUAGCCUUGGAAGUUGACAAAAGGACCAUCUACUUCUUAUAUUAGACCUCUUGACCUGUUCUUAACCGAUUUUGAGCUUCUAUUCGAGUUGUGAUGUUGACUGCCAGCUAUCUCGUCACCUUUUAAAGGGCCUUCCUAUUGGCCUCUUGCCUGUUGGCUUUUAAUCUCUGGCUCAAAAGGACCAUAAAGAGUUUUUUUUGUUUUUUUGGGAGAAGUUGAGAAUUUAUUUUAGAUAGUUCACAGGGCAAAUGCUUAUGUCAAUGUUGGAAUAGCCGAAAAUGUUACGGAUAUAUGUAAAAGGCAGUAUUAAGCCCGAAUUAGUCUUAAAUAUUUUAUAAUACGGGAACACCGAAAGGUAAAGCAAGUAGAGGAAGAUCUAAUGUAAUAUAAUACAAGUAAAAUACCAAGCAAUUGCAAGAAUAAAGGAAGACCAUAGACUGGAGAAAUAUUUUGUAGGAUAUAUAAAUAGUGGGUAUGGACAUAUGUGGGUAAAAAACAAGAUGUGAUAUUUUUUAUUAAUGUUUACACUUGAUAUAGAAUAUUUUUAUAAUAUUUUAGUUGUUCAGCGAUUAUUAAAUAAACAUUUAUUAAUUUUU